UGUAAAUUGAAAAAUUGCUAAUGUGUAUCUAGAAUUGAACUUAUGGAUCGCGUACAGUGAUUCGUAAUGUGAAUACUUCGCUAGUUGGGCCGGUGCAGUGGUGCGGGUAAACGCGCAAUUUGUAACGUGUGCGGUGGUAUCUCGUCGUCCAUUUCUGUGGCCUGCUUUUCCAGGGUUGUGCGGGCGGGCCGCAGCGCUCGCUCUAGGGUGUCUCCAGAACUUUAGACCCGCAUUUAAGUGACGUUGUGAUGAACGUUUUCCAUAGAAAAUGUGUUUUUCAAUGGACUUCGUAUUCAGUGUAUCGAGUUCGACUAUCGUUUAUUGGAGAUUAUCCAUGUCCGUGCCGGCUCGCGAGAGGUCGACACAGCUCUUAGAGUGAUCAGCGUGCGACGCUAAACAGGGAUUCUAAUACCUUUUGUUAUGAACGUAUUCGACAAUAACAGUGUGACGGACGCGCAAAAUGUCGAACACUAUAUUGAUAGGAUCGACCGCUUCCAGCGGGCAAAAAUUCGCUAUCUAAUACCAUUAUUGGAACACUAAUGGCGCUUGGAAAGCUUAUUAUCAUACUCGCCGUCGUGUCACUCGCUGUAAGCGAUUACCAUGAAGUCAAAACAGAAAGUAAAGCGAAGGAAACCGUGGCGGCGGAGAAAGAACAGAGGUCGAGAUCGGCCAACCCUAAGGGCGAACGUGGCUCGUUUCAGAAGCUAAGCUCCUUGAUGAACCGCACCGAGGAUAGACGACAGAAGCCCAGGAGGAAUGAGCAUUUAAAUAAAAUAUUACAAAUGAAUAGAAAGCACGACGACAUGAUGAACGACAACCAAGGCGCAAUAGCAAUUAAUCAGAAGACAGUACCGGACAACGAUUCUAAUACUUUGGCGGAGAAGAUGAAGGUGUUACGGAGGGAAGGGCCGACGUACGAGGCCAUCAAUAAGCACAAUUAUGUGUCUCAGGCUACAGGGGUUUAUUGUAAUUUUGAAAAUGGAACGAAUGGCUCGUUAAUUGAUAUUUGUAUGUGGCAAUGGAAUCACACGGUAUCCAGCCAUGGGUUAGGGUACAAAGUUGUUACUGCCGAAGACGUAAAAAUUAUGAAUGAGACGACCAGAGGACUAAAGUUUUCCGGGCCUAAGAACGACGCGGAUGGAAAUGUGGAAGGACACUUCCUAUAUCUCCCCGUGGAUCCGACCAUGGAGAACAUGGUGAUAAAGUCCCCACCCUUCAGGGGACUGUGGGAAUUCUGUAAGUUUGAAGCGAAGCUGCAUCAGAGUAAGAUGCAGAAUGCCAGUAUAAGGCUGGUCUCCGAAUCUACAAUCUCUGAGGUGCAGUGGAUUCUCCAGGAGAUUACGGGGAACAACUUUGAAGUCUGGUACCCAAUGAGGUUCAUGAUCGGCAAGGUCCAGCAAGAGGUGCGGAUAAUAAUAGAGAUCACGAGGCCGAACCACGUCAGCAUAUCGCAGACGUUGCCCCACAUAGCCAUAGACAAUAUCCGGAUGGUAGAGUGUCUACCGGAGCCCCCCGUCUUUGAUGGAGAAUGCCAAUAUGGACAGCUGAAAUGUAAUAUAAUUAAUAAGGAGUCGUGUAUAAAACUGCAGCAAGUGUGUGAUUUAGUGAAAGACUGUGAUGAUGGUAGUGAUGAAAACCAGAAUUGUGAUAAAAUGCCAUUCGGAUCAUAUUGUAAUUUUGAACAAGAUAAUUGUGGAUUCGAAGAUGUACCUCAACCAAUUUUAAAAUGGUCGAGACACAACGGGCCAACGCCUACUGAUAAAACAGGACCGAACUACGAUCACACCUGUGGUCCCUUAGACCUGUACCCUACGCAAGUGGUACCUCCUCUCUUCCCUGCUCACAUGAAUUAUUCCCUGUCACAAUGCGUGGGAUAUUAUUUCUACGUGAACAUGAACGUCACUGGACCCAACAAGGAGAAAGCUGACUUUGCUUCAACUGCCGUUAUGAGAACUGUCGUUUUCAAUCCACCUCCAAAAGUCCAUGGGAAUAUAACUUCUAAAUAUUAUAAUUGUUGUAUGAUAAGAUUUUAUUAUCAACAAAAUGGACGUAAUUACGGGUCUCUCAGUGUGGAUGUGGUAGAACUUACUACAAGAGGUAACAUUACUACGUCUCUAUGGUUUUCCACCAAGGACAAGGGCGAAAAUUGGUAUAGAGCUGCUAUUUUCUUACCAAACGUUACUAGGAGGUAUUAUCUACAAUUUAAGACCCGUAUGGGAAUGAGAAUAUACUCAGACUCAGCUAUAGACGAUUUUUCUAUGGCUCCAGAAUGUUUUGGGCUUAAUAUAGAUCCUGACGAGUUAGGGGAAUAUAAUUAUUAUGACCCUAUAUUUGAAGAGAAAACGACUCCGCACACUGCGUUUGCGGAUAAAAUAUACUAUCGUUUUUCGACCUGCGGUGCGACUGGUCGUUUUGGCCCCAAUCAGACCAUGUGCGACGCUGCGUACAACAACACUCCUGCUGCUGUGUCGGUGAUACAGACCCCUCCAUACCAGGGCAUCCAAGUUUGGGAAGUACCUGCUGAAGGAAUGUACACUAUAAUCGCAACGGGUGCUUCUGGAGGGCUAGGGUCUGCCUGGGCUGGAGUAUCACAUGGAGCUCAAGCCCGGGGUCUGUUCGAGCUGCAUCGCUCCGAACGACUGUACAUGCUAGUCGGUCAGCAAGGUCUGAACGCUUGCAAGAAGACACUGUCAGCACAAGAGAGUCAGGAAUGCUCAAGGAAGCAAAACGAUUCGCAAUUGGUGUUCACGAGCAAAACCCACGAAGUGAGGAACACUCAGGUGACAGACGGCGGAGGAGGUGGUGGCGGUGCCACUUAUGUGUUCUUGCUGGACAAAGAGGGGCAAGCUCACCCGCUACUGGUAGGUGGCGGGGGUGGUGGAAUAUCGGUGGGCAUCUUCCGAGAUGACGGCUCGCAGCACGCGCGACCUCACACCAAUGCCACGCCCGAGUCUGGUUACAUGUAUGGCAAGCCUGGUCGAACUUCAGGUGCGGGAGGAGGAUGGGUGGGGCGCGCGGGGCCCACCACGCCGGGGUUCGAGGAGGUGCGCGGGGCCGCCGUGCGCGAGGGGGCCGCGGGGGGCGCCGCCUGCGUGGGGGGCGCGCACGGGGGCUUCGGCGGCGGCGGCGGCGGGUGUCUGCGCGGCGGCGGCGGCGGAGGCUGGCUCGGUGGCAGCACUCACGAGAGCGAAGGGCAACACGGCGGCGGUGGCUGGUCCCAUGUCGAUGGAACUCGCGCGAUCAGAGAGUUCAGUGAAGUGACCGUCGCGCCCCGGACUGGUCCGGGGGAAGUCCUGAUUAUACCCGCUGUACAGGACUGCGGCUGUGACUACCGUUGCGUGGCGACCAAUGAACACCGCAGCGUGGUCCGGUGCUACUGCCCUGUUGCUUGGAGCACUGACGCCCAUGAUCGCACCAAGUGCAUCUUGGAGGACUCUUGGCCCCGCAUCUCCUGGGUUGUCAUCAUAGUGUUGUCCAUCGUUGUGUUUGUCUGUGCUCUCGCUAUACUCUGCGUCUGCCUAUUUCUAUACAACUCCUAUCAACGGAAGAAAGAAGCUGAAAUGCGGCAGAAACGUCUUCUAGAACAGGAGGUUCAGCUGCAUCGUCUUCGUAACGCCCCUGGUGGGAAUGAAAACCCCUUGAGCAUGGCGUUCAACCCUCACUACGGCAGCGAGAGUUUCCUUCCCCAAGGCAUCGACGUUAGGGGACUGCCUCAAGUCUCCCGAGAGAGUCUCAAACUUGUCAAAGCCCUCGGGCAGGGGGCCUUCGGAGAAGUCUACCAGGGGCUGUACCGUCAUCGAACUGGUGAUACGGUGGAGAUGCCAGUGGCAGUCAAGACACUUCCAGAAUUGUCCACCGGGCAGGCAGAAUCUGACUUUCUCAUGGAAGCUGCUAUUAUGGCGAAGUUCAACCACCCCAAUAUUGUGCAUCUGAUUGGGGUGUGCUUCGACAGGCAUCCACGGUUCAUAGUGCUGGAGCUAUUGGCUGGUGGGGACCUGAAGAACUUUCUCCGAGAAAGUCGCCCCAAGCCUGAAAGGGCCAGCGCUCUCACCAUGAAGGACCUGCUGUUAUGCUCCUUGGAUGUCUGCAAAGGUUGCAGAUAUUUGGAAGCUAAGAGAUUCAUACACAGGGACAUAGCCGCUCGGAAUUGUCUGCUCACGUCCCGUGGUCCGGGCCGCGUCGUGAAGAUAGCCGAUUUCGGUAUGGCUCGAGAUAUAUACCGAGCUGAUUACUACAAGAAAGGAGGAAAAGCGAUGCUGCCCAUCAAGUGGAUGCCACCGGAAGCGUAUAUUGAUGGUAUAUUUACCAUCAAGACGGAUGUUUGGUCGUUUGGAGUGUUGUUGUGGGAGGUAUUCUCAUUGGGUGUGAUGCCGUACACCGGCUGCGCCAACAGGGAGGUCAUGGAGAUGGUCUCCGGAGGUGGCAGGCUCGAGAAACCAUAUGGCUGUCCACAAGAGAUCUACCGUCUCAUGUGCGAGUGCUGGAACCCGACACCAACCGAGCGUCCAUCCUUCGCCCACAUGUUUGACAGACUGCAAAGGUUCUUACAGGACCCGGAGAUAGUGAGCGCCCCGCUGCCGGUGGUGCGGUCACUGUUGCCGCCGCAGGACUCGCUGCUGGCCAACGGACCGCAGCGCGCGCCGGCGUGCGACUACCUCGUGCCGAUGUCGCCGCAGGAGCUCCCGCCGCCCGACGCUAGCUCAACGGAUCAGCUGGUUCUUCAUAGCAAAUCGCCAACGGCGGCGCAGGACAAACAAGAAACGGAGGAUUCACAAUUUCAACCUCUUCUGAAAGCAUCACAAGAAUAUGGCAACAUUCCAAUGGUGUGCCGGAGCGCACCGGGAGGCCGCCGCGCCGAAUCCUCCGUUACUUCCGCCGCCGAGACGCGGACCACCACAAAGUUUCUGCCGUCUAACUCCACUGACAGACUACUAAGUUCAGUGGAAGGCAAUUCAAUAGACGAAGAUACAGCCUCAGAAACCGAUGACAAGCCAGUCAUCUGGGAGACCUCGUUCACAGAGCCCAAGACUAACAACGUGGAGCCACAACAGAAUGGAGAAAAUGGACCCGCCGUCGAUAAACUUAUAAGCAUAACGCCAACCUCACCGAAACCUCCAGAAAAUGUUUUAUCAAAAGCAAUCGAGUCCACUGUCAUAGACAAGACUAAUCAUAAAAACACACUAGUGCCAGAACGUAAGACUGCUCCAAUCGCCUCCCCUGACCCACCACGAAUCAAUCCAUGGCCGAAAGACCCACCAAAGCUGGCCCCCAAAUUAAAACCGUUAUGUUUAGACGCUGCACAGUUAGAACAAAACCUAAACGCAUUAAAAAAGAAUAGUGGCUCAGUGAAUUUAACUACAAUGAAUAUUUUACCACCAUACAUUAACGUAGUCACGCCAAAUAAGCUAUCCGAAUCAAAAACUAUACAAAUCGAUCCGAAGAAAGCUGUAAUAGAUGAUCUACAGACUCCAAAAGAGGAGGUAAAGGAAGAGAAAGUUAAAUUAAAACAGUCUAAUUCUGCUGCAAGUCUUCUGAAUGGACCUAUGACUGAUGUGCCGUAUGCUGACAGCGAUAAUGCAUCAUCAAGUUCUGGUAGCAAUGCACAGAAUCUUAUAAAUCAGAAGAAUAAGAAGAAUUACGCCGAGGUAGUGGUUGGGAACGAUAAUAGAAGUAAAGUGAUAAAACAGGGUAGCAACGGUGGUGAUUGCGUCGGGGACUCUGAGAUUAGCUGUUAAUUAUAUAUUGCUAUUGUUUAUGCAUUUAAAGAUGCAUUGGAUAAUUAUGAACAUUUAUCGUUACCAUCCAUUUAUUCUCAUUUAGUUUUGGUUGUGUAUAUCAAACCACUAUUUGGUUAUAGAAUAAUUAGAAGACUGUACAAAGAUGGCACUUGUGGUGUAGGACUUCUUACAAUAUAAUGAUAGAUAUAACUUCGAUAUUUACUAAUACUACAAAAUUAACAUUAGUGUUAAAUACAAAAUCAAAACUAGACGAGAAUAAUUUUGAUGGUAACUCUGCACUCAUUUUUCUAAUUACCUGUAUUAUUAACAAAAUAAUAAUCAGUAGAGUACAAAAAUUCGUAACCCGUGUGACUUAAAUGUAUGCCAUACCGAUCACGAAGCAACUAAGACGGUGGCAUGAAUACAGAUUGUGAAUUUAAUUUAGUUUUGCGAAAUUAAUUUAGUUUUAGUCAUAUACGAAAAUUUUAAUGGCUGACUCCACGAGAAUAUCAUACGAGGCUGUCUAUUGAAAUUGUUGGACUGUGUGACGUUUGUGGUGCAAGAAUCCAGUGUCGCCGUAAAGACAUUCUAUUAUAAUUAGUGAAAAUAAAGUUACCUAAAUAUAGGUGUAAAUAUUACUGAUACGUUUUAAUAAAUUAGCGACUAUAAUCUUAAGCAGUACAGAUGACUUUUGUGAGGACUUUGAAAUAUAUAUAAUAGGUAUAUAUAAAUUAAUUUCGGAAAUUUGUAUUUUUGUCAGAGUUGUACAAAACGUUGUUUUUCUAAUGGACGAGUAGGGGGAUAUAUUGAAAUAGUAGAAGUUUAUUUGUGUGGAAAAUAUGAGAUGGCUUCUAGAUAUCGCUUAUAGUUAAAAUAGUCGAUUAUUAUUGCUCAAUUUGCUCAAUAUUUUGCGAAGGAUAGUGUCAAACAAAUACCUACGACUGCAGUUAGGUUUUUCUACUUUUAGAUAUUCUGGAACUCAAUUGUGAGGGUUAUACAAAGACUUGCCACAUGGUUCGCUUCGUAGCAUUUUAUGUUUUGUUAUCUAAUUGUAUUAUUUCGAAUAAUUCUAUACUUUC